AUGACGCUCACCUAUCCUGCGCAGCUAUAAAACUUUCAUUUGCGUCCUGCUUUGAGAAACGAUGGGUGUCAAACGAUCACGUUCCGACUCUGACUGUGAAUCUCCUCCCAAGAAAAGGAGAGAGAGUACGGAAGGCGAUUUGCGGUUUAAAGGGCCUCGCAAAGAACAUUUGGAGGACCUGUACCACCAGGGGGAGCUAUUGGGAGAGGGUGGUUAUGGAGCCGUGUAUGCCGGCACUCGCAAGGCCGAUGGCUUCCCAGUGGCCAUCAAAUAUGCCCGAAAGGAUGACGAGGAGCUAGAACUGCCUGGACUUGACGGGCCCAUCCCAUUGGAAGUGGCGCUAAUGAUGCUCGUCAGCCAUGAGUCAUCUUGUGCCAACGUGCUGAAGCUCAUGGACUGGUUCAGUGGACCAGAAGAUUACAUUAUGAUCCUGGAAAGGCCGGAUCCAUGCCAGGAUCUAUACGAAUUCUGCGAUAGCAAAGGGGGCUACCUCUCAGAAGAUGUUGCAAGGCACGUGCUGGUCCAGGUGCUCCAGGCUUUGCGUCACUGCCAGGAUUCAGGCGUCUUCCAUCGCGACCUCAAAGCAGAGAAUCUGUUAAUCAGGACUGACACUUUGGAGGUGAAACUAAUUGAUUUUGGCUGUGGAGACAAAUGGAAAGACACCCCCUAUGUGGAAUAUUCAGGAACAGAGGACUUUGCUCCCCCAGAGCUGUUCCUGAGUGGGGAGUACCUAGCUGGCCCCACCAUGGUCUGGUCUGUAGGCCUCACACUUUAUGAGCUAGUGUGCGGCUACUUGCCCUUCCGCAACAAGAGGGCAAUCAUCUCAGGCUGCUUGAUAUUCCCCUCAUGGGUCUCUCCUGACUGCUGCAGUCUGAUUCGCCGGUGCCUGAGGCGUAAGGCGGCGGAUAGGCUGACGUUGGAGGAGAUUCAGGUCCAUCCAUGGCUGCAGCAGACGUGACUGCUGACCUGAAGGUCAAACAAGAAAAUAUUGUUUUGUUAACCUUCUGUAAUCAUGAUCAUCUUAAAUAAUGCGCAACUGUCAAAUAAAAGAUUUACUUUCACAAAUGCUCUAUAUAGGUGUUUCUCAUUUGUUCUGAUUUCUUGGUAACAGUGGUUAGUUGAUGCACAAUAUCC